AUGAGGAUCUUGCUGAUUCGUCAUGGUGAGAGCACUGGUAAUAGAGAUCAUCUUUGGGCUGGAAUAACAGACCAUGAGCUGACUGCGCAUGGGUUUUUACAAGCACAGCGCCUAGCUGAACACCUACGGGGCAAGCUCGCCCAUUGCCAGCUAUCCAUCCACUGUUCUGACUUGACUCGUGCUCGGCGAACCGCUCAAGCUAUAGCUGAUGUUCUCACAGAUGGGAAGCUCUGUGUUGACAAGCUGUUACGGGAGCAAGAUCUUGGCUGGCGUGAGGGCUUGACGUUUAAGAAUGGCGACAGGAAAGAUCCAGUCAACGCAUGCAAGGUCCAUACACAUCCAGGGGAGACAAAGGAUGAUAUGAAUGUACGAGCGGCAGACUUCAUUCAAUCUAUCAGUCCUCUGUCAUACAGCCAAGACAAGGUGAUUGUCAUUGUCUCACAUGGCUUAUUCUUGCUAAGGCUGUACAGUGAGCUCUGUGCUAGUCUUUGCAUUCAAAACGCGCCUUCUGCAAUGUGGAGUAAUACAGGCGUCACGACCCUUCAAAUCAACAAGGCUUGUAGCGGUUCAGUGAUGAUGGUGAAUGUAACAGAGCACUUGCAGGGCCUCAAGCGGACUCGUGGUGUGGGCUCAGCAGCAUAUGAUGCAAAGCAACAAAAAGUCUCAAGCUUUUUCUCGCCGAAGCGAACAAAGCGAGAGACACCGGCUACAACUAAGGAUAUGGAUGAGCUAGAUGUCCGGACUGCUAUUGAUGCCAUCGAUGCUGCUUGUGCUUCGUCUGGCUCCAGAGACGGCUGA